AUGGACUUCCCGCAGCACAGCCAGCAAGUCCUGGAGCAGCUGAACCAGCAGCGGCAGCUGGGCCUCUUGUGCGACUGCACCUUCGUGGUGGACGGCAUCGACUUCAAGGCCCAUAAGGCGGUGCUGGCGGCCUGCAGCGAGUACUUCAGGAUGCUCUUUGCCGACCAGAAGGACGUGGUGCACCUGGACAUCAGCAACGCGGCAGGUCUGGAGCAAGUGCUGGAAUUCAUGUACACGGCCAAGCUGACCCUCAACCCGGAGAACGUGGAGGACGUCUUGGCCGUGGGCAGCUUCCUUCAGAUGCAGGAGGUCGUCCAGGCCUGCAACGCGCUGAGGGCCCUCUCGGCACCGGCUGGCCUGGAGAUCCCCGCAGUGGCUGGGCAGGAGAAAACAACCAGCAGCAAGCACAAAGCAGAAGCCCUCAGGGAGACAGAGGAUCCAACCUCCUGUGACAGCCUCCAGCCGGCUGAAGCGGACCUUCCCGGAGAGGAUCCGAAGGACGAGGCGGUAGCAGGAAAAGAGAACGUGGCUGGUCAAAGGCCAGACCCUCCGACGCUGAAAGUCCCUGCGGAGAUGGAGGUGGAGCUGGAAAGCCACGAAGAGGAGGAAGAGCCGCCCUCGGAGGCGGAGGGCAGCGGCGAGACGGACGAGCCCAAACUGGACCUGCUGACCAACGGCAGCGUCCCCGAGGAGACCGAGUCUGGGGGCUCCGACUCUGGGCAGGAGAAUGGGGGAGAGGGCAGGCUGCUCUGCUCGGGGACAUACAGCGACAGGACGGAGUCCAAAGCGUACGGCUCCGUGACCCACAAGUGUGAGGACUGUGGAAAGGAAUUCACCCACACGGGCAACUUCAAGCGCCACAUCCGCAUCCACACGGGAGAGAAGCCCUUCUCCUGCCGGGAAUGCAGCAAGGCCUUUUCUGACCCUGCAGCCUGUAAAGCACACGAGAAGACCCACAGCCCCCUGAAGCCCUACAGCUGCGAGGAGUGCGGCAAGAGCUACCGCCUUCUCAGCCUGCUGAACCUGCACAAGAAGCGCCACACGGGGGAGGCCAGGUACCGCUGCGAGGACUGCGGGAAGCUCUUCACCACCUCGGGCAACCUGAAGCGCCACCAGCUGGUGCACAGCGGGGAGAAGCCCUACCAGUGCGACUACUGCGUGCGCUCCUUCUCCGACCCCACCUCCAAGAUGCGGCACCUGGAGACGCACGACACCGACAAAGAGCACCAGUGCCCUCACUGCGAGAAGAUGUUCAACCAGGUGGGGAACCUCAAAGCCCACUUGAAGAUUCACAUAGCUGACGGUCCCCUGAAGUGCCGCGAGUGUGGGAAGCAGUUCACUACCUCAGGUAACUUGAAGCGGCAUCUCCGCAUCCACAGCGGAGAGAAACCGUACAUCUGCGUCCAUUGCCAGCGCCAGUUUGCUGACCCGGGGGCUCUCCAGCGGCACGUUCGCAUUCACACAGGCGAGAAGCCCUGCCAGUGCAUAAUUUGUGGGAAAGCCUUCACCCAGGCCAGCUCUCUAAUAGCCCAUGUGCGCCAGCACACUGGGGAAAAGCCCUACGUUUGUGAACGUUGCGGCAAAAGGUUUGUCCAGUCCAGCCAGCUGGCCAAUCACAUCCGCCACCACGACAACAUCCGCCCUCACAAGUGCAACGUCUGCAGCAAAGCUUUUGUCAACAUGGGGGAUCUGUCCAAGCACUUCAUCAUCCACACAGGGGAAAAGCCGUUCCUGUGCGACAAAUGCGGCCGCGGCUUCAACCGGGUGGAUAAUCUCCGCUCCCACGUCAAGACGGUCCACCAAGGCAAAGCGGGGAUGAAGCUCCUGGAGCCCAGCGAAGACGACGAGCUCAACAUUGUCACCGUGGCCUCGGAGGAGAUGGUGACGCUGGCCACGGAAGCCCUGGCUGCCACGGCCGUCACCCAGCUCACUGUUGUUCCCGUCGCAGCGCCCGUCACCGCAGACGAGACGGAAGCUCUCAAGGCGGAGAUCACCAAGGCCGUGAAACAGGUCCAAGAGGCAGACCCCAACACCCAGAUCCUCUACGCUUGCGAUUCCUGCGGGGAGAAGUUCCUGGAUGCCAACAGCUUGGCUCAGCACGUGCGCAUCCACACAGCCCAAGCCCUGGUCAUGUUCCAGGCGGACACAGACUUUUACCAACAGUACAGCGCUACCACCGCUUGGCACGGCGAGCAGGUCAUCCCAUCGGGAGAGCUACUCUUCCAGGCACGGGAUGGCAGCGAAGCGUCGCCGGCCUUGCCGGAGGCCCCACCGGCGGCUGGAGAGUGA